UAUACCUUUGUUUUUAGCGUAGAGUUUUUGCUAUCCGUCCGCAUCAUACAAGUGAAAUCAUUGUCGGGCUCUUCUUCAUUAGUUUUUGAAAAUUAUGCAUUUGUCUGAAUUUCAUGGACGAGACGGCCGUGCGAAUUGCGUUCGAACAAAUAAUCAAAAUAUUUAGAUUCGUUUAAGUUGGAAAUCGAAACUUUCCAACGAAAUUCAUUUCGCUUCUCUUUCGGUGCGAAGAACUUGCCCAAAUCGACAGUGUACUAUGUGAUACCAAAAAAAAAUCCUUUUUUUGAAGACUAUUCGUUUUGUGUAGAUAGGAAGUGCGCAGAAUUUCGAUCUGCUUUUCUCCGCGUAUAUUUUGUUACCGUUUUCGUCUUUUAUUUUGGUAUACUACCACUCACAGACACACAUAUUCACAGACUUUCAGUUGAAUGCAAGUACCGAAGAGGAUAUACCAGUAUAUGCAAUAUAUAAAGGGAAAAACUCAUUGAAAACAACAAAAAAGAAAUUACAAAAUUUGCAUUCCUUUGUUAAAUGUGAAGAUCAAUUAAAAAAUUGUGUUAAGUGCAUUUUACUGGGAGAGGAGUACUUAAGUGGUUGGAUGAUAAAAUAUCCAUAUGACACUCGAAUAUACAAAAUUAUUAUUUGCUGUUUGUCUAACCGAAAGAAAAAAUAUUGAUUCAAAUAACGUUUUGAGAAAACACCACUGAGCAAAAGUUUUUGUUGUUGUUGUAUUUUUCCUCUGCUCUCCCUUCGGUUGAGAAUAAAUAAUAAACCAUUUUGUGAUAGAAUGUGUGUGUGCGGCGAUGUAAAAAAUGGUGCAAGCAAACGGUGAAAUGGUUUUUUGUUGGAAAUUUCGUUCCCCCAUUAUGGCAUAGAAUGGAUAUUACACUACACUUUUUAGUUCAAUUUUUUCCAAACGUCCUGUAAUAAAAAAUAUAGAAAAUAAAAAAACAACCUUCAACCGAAGUGGAUAACUCGGGUGCAUAAUAUUCUCUUCUAUUAAAAACGGGUUUCGUUGUACACAUCUUUUUUUUUAAUAUUACAUUUCACAAAGUGUAUCAACUAUCAGUGAGUGUUAUAAUAAUCCUGGAAUAUAAAAAAAAGUUUAUUUUCGGCGAUUGGUUUAUACGGUGUGUUUAUAUGAAAAAUAAAGCACAACUAUCGAUUACUGAAAUCGAAUCGACAAAAACAACGACGUAUUGGCAGGAAAUCAACGCGGGGGCCCGGUUAAGGUAUCAGUCGUUGGUGGUGGCCAAAGGGGCUCAAAAGUUUGGCGCCGCGAACGUAUCGAAAUGACCGAGGCCGAUUUAGACGAUGUAGCGUUUAUAUCAGGCGGUGACAGCAGUGGUGGACGACAAACACGUAAUGGUGUUGCAGUUUGUUCACAAAAACGAGCCCUUUGCGUAACAGCUAUUGUGUUGGCCGCUCUGCUUGGCACUGCGUUGGUGAUCGCAUAUGCAGGCCCACAAAAUGAUUGUGGUUGCGCUGGAAAAAUGCCACCUGGUUACAUUCCUGAACAUUACAACAGUUCAUUGCCAUUCAAUCCCAUCGCCACCAACGGAGAACCAUUUCCCUGGCACAAACCCAGCUUACCAAACAACGUGAGGCCGAUUCGAUACACAUUAACCAUUCAUCCAAAUUUGACUACAUUGGACGUUAAAGGCCAAGUGACGAUCGAAUUUCACGUGGAAAAGGAAACCAAUUUCAUUGUGCUUCACAUACAAGAUUUGAACGUUACAGAAAAGGCUAUCGUCGGUCCAAAGGGUUUUGCAUUGAAAAUGGUCCGAGUUCUGGAAUAUCCGCCGCGACAACAGCUUUAUAUCGAACUUAAGGACAAACUGAGGAAAAAAACCAAUUUCACGUUGAAUUUACGAUGGUAUUCACUUCUAAUACCGGAACCGGAAGGCUUUUAUGUGGAUCAAUAUGAAGAAGUCAGCGGCAACAAAAGAUUCCUAGCGGCAACCGUUUUUCGUCCGGGUGGUGCUCGUCGAGCGUUUCCCUGUUUCGACGAACCUCAUCUAAGAGCACCGUUUCGCAUAUCAGUUUUUCGAGACCGCUUCCACAUCGGCUUAUCCAAUUCAAUUGUUCAUGCCACCGAUGAUGUUGGAUUUUACAUGGGAACUGGGCUGCUACGUGACGAUUUUAUAGAAACACCACCCCUGCCACCUGAUGCAAUUGCAUGGGUUGUAAGUGACUUUCAACGUGAAUCACUCGAACCAUCUUCAACAUAUCAAGCAACAACCACAGCUGCACCAGUUCUACCAGAAACAAAGAAAUCUAAAAUUCCGACUGACUUAUUUUCAUUUCGUAACGAUAAACGGCCUUUGAAGAGCACCCUUACUUCAGUCUUGAUGAAACCGUUGCUGAAGGUUGAAUCACAAAACGGUGCAAGUGCUCAUAAUGCAACUGAAAAGUCGAAUGGCCACAAUGCAACAAAUGGAAACGGAAGCGAUCAUGAUGACGGUGUUAUUCGCACAGCACCAUCGUAUACGUUUUAUGCCACACGAAAGGUUCUAGGCCGUUCGGGAUUUGUUUUGCACACGUCCAGAGAUGUUCUCGAAUAUAUGCAAACAUGGCUGGGAGUUGCCUACCCAUUAGCUAAAUUGGACUUCGUUGCGCUACCGUCUCUAGACCGAGAAAUGAUCAGUUCGUUGGGAUUGAUAACACUUCAAACGGGAUUUCUUCUGGAUCCAGACACAAUCACAACUGAACAGUAUCACUUGGCAGCAAUCAAAAUAGCGGAAGCGAUUGUUAAACAGUUUCUAGGCGGCAUAACGUCACCAAAAAUCUGGAAACACUCAUGGCUGUGGGAAGGUCUAAUUAAAUAUUUCGGGCGAUUAGUUUUAACGCCACUGCAGCCGCUAUGGCCAAUGGAAGAAAUGCAUCUCAUGCACAUAACAACCAGAGCAAUGGAUAUUGAUGCUAUUCAAGGAUGGGACAGUAUUUUACAGGGAACUAGCGAAGACGGCAAAAACGAUGAAUUUUAUGUCGACAAAUCAGCUGCUAUUCUGGCCAUGUUACAUUCAGCAAUCGGUGAAAACAACUUCCGUUCAUGCCUUGGUGCAUUUCUGAAUGCAUACCGUUUCGAAACCAGCGAGCCCAUGGACCUAUGGACCAUUUGCACGAAGAAAAUCAACGGCACGCGAAACAUAAAAGAAAUGAUGACUCUGUGGACGAAUUUGGAAAGUUUUCCGCUGCUUACAGUCACCAAAAUCGGUUCAAGCGUUUCAAUAUCGCAGCAAGUUUUUCAACCAAUGGAAUUUACUGCCAUUUUGGAUGAACCGUAUAUGGAGAAUUUCACGAUGUUGUCGACAAGUACGACUACCCCGACGCCAACGACAUCCACCAAGAAACCUAAGAGCCCGACGAAAUGGAGUUUUCCGGUCAACUAUAUUACAGAUGUGGAAAAUGUCACCGAUACUUUGUGGUUCCACAAUUCUGAUGUCACCUUUCAAUUACCGACUGAAAUCAAGUGGAUCAAAGUAAAUUCCGGACAAAUGGGAUACUACAGAGUUUUGUACAAUGAAGACAACUGGCAAAAUAUAAUUGACGAACUGAAACGAGACCAUGGAACAUUUUCGGCUUUGGAUCGUAUUGGACUCAUAUCAGACGCUUUUACCCUUUGUCACGCCAAUCUAAUGUCAUGUCAAAUUACCCUAAACUUAAUAUCGUACCUACCCACUGAGUUGAAUUGGGGACCGAUAACAACUGCGUUACGCCAUCUGGAAAAGUGGCGACGAAUUCUAAAAUAUUCCGAAUGCUUUCUCAUGUUAACCGAAUUUGUUAAGUCAAUUUUACUGAAGCCGUCCGAAAUAGUUGGAUGGAACAAUACUGGAAAAGAGGAAAUUAGACUGCUUCGACCGGAAGUACUGUUGGCCUCCGUUUUAUGGGAAGACACUACAGCGAUUUCUCAAGCAAAGCAGUUGCUGCAAAACUACUUAAACAAUUCAUCUGCUGUGAUAUCACCAAAUUUGAGAGAAGUUGUUUAUACUGGCGCCGUCCUUUCCGGAGAAUAUCAAUAUUGGCAAUUUUGCUGGACUCAAUAUUCAGCACUUCGAGGUACUCCGGAAGCAUCAACUGAACGUUUACAGCUGCUAAGAGCUUUGGGCAAGACCAAAGAUGCUUGGCUACAGAAUCGUUUGCUAUCUCAUGUGGUUACGUUGCCACCAACUGAAGUCGUACAGGUGCUCGAAGCAAUUUCGGGCACUCCAACGGGUGGCGCAAUGGCCUGUCGAUUCUUGCAAGCAAAAUGGUAUGACCUGCAAUCGAAAAUGGGUGCCGGCAGUGUACUGUUUGCCAAAGUAAUUUCGGCCAUUACAAAGUAUGGGGCAACCAAAUUCGACUAUGAUGAACUAAAAUCACUAGUACAUCGUUUCGGCGACGGACCUGGAAUGCGAACUUUAAAUAUGACAUUGAUCAGUGUAGCCGCUAAUGUUGAAUGGGUGUCUCGGUCACAAAGUGCAAUAUUCAAUUGGGUAGAAGUUCAUUGACUUUUGUAAAUUAUUUACUAGGCUCUUUAUACAAAAACAUUAUUUUUUUUAUUAAAAUCAGAAAGCAAAGCAAAAAGUGAAAAAAAAAUUAU